AAAAAACAGGAAUGGAACAGGGAAAGAACAGAAACGGAAUAGAGAAAACAGGAACGGAACGGGUACAGAACGGAAACGGAACGAAAAAAAACAGGAUUAGAACGGAAAAAGAACAGAAACGGAACAGAAUGGAACAGAAAAAAACAAGAACGGAACGGGUACAGAACGGAAACGGAACGGAAAAAAACGGGAUUAGAACGGGAAAAGAACAGAAACGGAACAGAACUGAACAGAAAAAAACGGGAACGGAACGGGUACAAAACGGAAACGGAACAGAAAAAAACAGGAACGGAACGGGUACAGAACGGGUACGGAACAGAAAAGAACGGGAACAGAACAGGGAAAGAACAGAAACGGAACAGAAAAAACAGCGAAAGAACAGAAAUGGAACAGAAAUGGAACAGAAAAAAACGGGAACAGAACAGACAAAGAACGGAAACGGAAUAGAAAAAACAGGAACGAUCGGUAUGCGAUCCAUGAAACCGUUAAAAUCCAAUAUUAGUUCCGAAAGGCGACGACUCGUCGAGGAACUGCAUGCUCCGGCGAGAAGAAAUUUUCAACGAAGACACGUCAUAGUUCGAGGCUACGACGAUCUAUGGCAGGCUGAUAUCGUCGAGAUGAUUCCGUACUCACGUAUUAACAGAGGCUACCACUACAUACUCACCGUCAUCGAUGUGUUGAGCAAACACGCGUGGGCCAUUCCGCUCAAGAGCAAGGGUGGAAGCGAGACAGCUGAUGCUAUCGUCGAGAUAAUUCGAGAGAGCGCAAGAUGUCCGAAAAAUUUACAGACUGAUAAGGGAAAAGAGUUUUACAAUGCCGAUGUGCAGAAAAUAUUGAAAAAACAUGAUAUUAAUCAUUAUUCCACGUACUCGGUAAUGAAGGCAUCGGUUGUCGAACGGUUUAACCGUACGCUGAAAAACGACAUGUGGAAGAAGUUUACACUCAACGGCAAUUACAAGUGGAUUGACCUGUUACCGGAUCUCGUGUCAAAUUACAACUCUCGGAAACACCGAACUAUCGGUAUGCGACCCGUCGACGUAACCCCUGCUGUGGCUGAAAGACUCUUGAAUACGGUGUACAGCUCGAUAAAGAUUGCUGGUCGAGCGAAAUUUAAAGUCGGUGACUCUGUACGCGUGAGCAAAUUUAAGACAGUCUUUGAAAAGGGUUACACACCGAAUUGGACAACCGAGGUGUUUAAAAUUAUUAAAGUACAGCAUACCAAUCCCGUAACUUAUUUACUAGAGGAUUAUCGCGGAACAUCUAUAGUUGGAGCGUUCUACGAGCACGAGUUGCAUCGUGCGACUCACCCGGACGUUUAUCUCGUGGAGAAAGUAUUGCGCAGGAAGGGUGACAAGGUUUACGUCAAGUGGUUGGGAUUCGAUGGAUCACAUAAUUCGUGGAUUCACAAAGACAAUGUUAUAUAAGAAUAUUUUCUUUAUUAUAAUCAUAUAAAAGUGUAAUGUAAACUUAUAAAAAUAAAAAUACAGUUUUUUAUAAUAAGUGGUGUAUAUAUACGAGACUUCUUUAUUACCUAUCCAUCCAUUCAUCAUCCUUAAUACAUUUUCUUAUUAAUACGUAUUAUAAAAUGUAUAAUGUAAUCAACUUUAAUUAAUUUUUCAUAGAAAAUUAACAUAUAAAAUGCAUACUAU